CAGCUCAGCUCUAGCCUAGCGCUUCUCUGCCUGCCCACGGUGCAGCAAUGCCUGCCUCCUCCGCGCGGCCCGCCGUCCUGGCCCUGGGCGUGCUGACGCUGCUUUUGCUGCUGUGCAUGGGCCCAGAUGGCAUAAGUGGAAAUAAACUCAGACUGAUGCUUCAAAAACGGGAAGCACCUGCUCCGACUAAAAUGGCAAAAGUGGCUGUUGAUGAGAACAAAGCCAAAGAAUUCUUAAGCGGCCUGAAGCGGCAGAAGCGGCAGCUGUGGGACCGGAGCCGGCCAGAGGUGCAGCAGUGGUACCAGCAGUUCCUGUACAUGGGCUUCGACGAGGCGAAAUUUGAAGAUGACGUCAACUACUGGCUAAACAGAGGUCGGAAUGGACAUGACUACUACGAUUACUACCAGCGUCACUAUGAUGAAGAGGCCGUCGGUCCCCGGAGCCCGCACAGCUUCAGGCAUGGAGCCAGCGUCAACUACGACGACUACUAACCACAGCAUGACAGCGUGGCUCCGGGACCCCGCAGUGAUCCUCCUCAAAUGUCACGCGCUCUUCAAUUCCUGUCAUGCUUUGUCUCAGCUGAUCUUUUCUACCCACUUCCUGUGACCAGGAGAAAAGCAGCAAAACAAAUAUAAAUGCCUUUGAUAUUUCAUGCCAAGUCCCUAACAACACAUAUUUCAGCUAAAAAUAGCAAUAAAGCAUUUUGUUAAAAAGAAGUCUCGGAAUUUAUUUGGAUGAAAAUAAAGUUGAUGAGUUUUCAUCCCCUGAAAGUUUUUGA